AUGUGGCCCUUCAGCAGUAGCGUUCCUUUCAAGCCGGCAACAGGCAUUCCUAGCCUCGCCGGCAAAGUCAUCCUCGUCACUGGAGGCAACAAUGGCAUCGGCAAGGAAACAGUCCUCCAGCUUGCCAGACACAAUCCACAGAAGAUAUUCCUCGCAGCGCGGAAUGAAUCGAAAGCUAAGGCCGCCAUUGCUUCGAUCAAGUCACAGAUUUCCGAGGAUGUCGACGUCGAGCAUCUGCCUGUCGAUCUCACCUCGUUACCUUCCAUCAAAAACGCUGCCGACAGAGUCAUCAGUCGCAGCAAUCGCCUAGACAUUCUCGUCCUGAACGCCGGGAUCAUGGCUGUCCCGCCGGACAAGACAGCUGCAGGGCAAGAGAUCCAAAUGGGGACCAACCAUGUCGGCCACUUCCUUCUUACCAAGUUGCUCCUCCCGACCUUGCAACACACGGCCAAAGAGUACAACCCAGAUGUGCGCGUUGUGUCUGUGUCCUCGGAGGCCUGGAAUAUGGCCCCAAGUCUUGACACCAUCCUCUCGACCGACAAGCUCACGGCUAGAGGUCCAUGGACACGAUACGGAGCGUCUAAGGCAGCCAACAUCAUGUUUGCCGCCGAACUGGCUCGUCGCUACCCCACGCUUACCAGUGUAUCUCUCCAUCCUGGAAUCAUCAAGACAGACCUAUAUCUCCCCAGCAUAGGGGUGAACCCUAUUGUCAAAUAUGGCUCCAUGGUAGUCGGCCCACUUCUAUUUCAGAACAUCGAAACCGGAGCAUUUAAUCAGCUGUGGGCCGCGGCCGGCGCGAGAAAAGAAGAGCUCACCAAUGGGGGAUAUUACACUCCGGUCGGCAAGCUCAGGAAGAAUAAAUGGGUCACGGAUACAGAUGCGGGAACCAAGUUGUGGCAAUGGACGGAGAAGGAGCUGAAGCAGGCAGGCUACUGA